UUCAAACGAUAAUGAUAUUAUUUCUUGCAGGGAUUAAGAAUGAACAGAACCCUGUUAUCUCUUAACCUUGGAAGCAAUCUAAUUGGUGAUAAUGGGGCUUCCAAGUUAGCAGAGGUGCUUUCAAGCUUUGCUCUUUCCCAUGAAGAAGUGGUAGCAAGAAGGCUUCUCAUUUCCAAGAAAACUCCAGAAGAUACAGGAAGUCCUUCCAGAAAUUUGAAUGCACCGACUGGAGGAUCAAAGGACAGGCCAGCCAGUGUUCGCAGUGGAACACAUGUUUCUAAGGAAGAUAAGAAAAGCAGAGAGAAAAGAGAUGCACAGAAAAAGAAGGUAUAAACAGUGAGCAACUAAACUCUCAGCAUUUUUGUACAGUACAUCAUAGCAAUACUCAAAAUUCAGUUGUUUAAUAAAUAAGAGUACAUCACGUUGGUUACCUUUGUAACAUGAAUCAUUCAGGUGUUUCUUGGUCAAAUAUAUCACUCUGGCCUUUAACUUCCCUUAAAUGCUGACAUCAAAGUUUAUAUUUAAUUGCUCUAUGACGAUGAGGUCAAAUUAACUUAAAUACUGGGCAAGUUGGUGCCAUAGAUUUCAGUGAAAGUCUGCCAUCGAGCUUACUUGCCUAAAUUGGUGUUCCUGUUUUCUAUGAAACUGAACUUUGAGGCCUAGAUACGUGUACAUCUAGUUCUUUUUUUCAACGGGUUUGUUUGUUUUUUACUGUUUACUUGCCAGCCAGCCCACACUGUACAAAGCAUCUUGUUCAGCCACUAUAGUUAAAAGCAGGGCUGUGCUCUUGAAGCGCCCCAGUGCCACAGGGUACUGACUUUUGCCUUUGGGCGACUGGAAAAACUUACUUUUUCAUAUAAGCCUAAGUGCUGGGCAC